CGAGGUGCUUAACACGCAUUGAACCCAUGUAAACAAACAUGGAGCAAUACUUUGUAAUAAUGUGUCGAGGUGGGACCACAUUAGGUGACUUUUUAAUAUCUUCCCGUGUGGAAAAAUAUCACUCAUGAAUGGAGACACGUGACCAAACAUCAUGACGCCUGGCUCCAACACAAGGGGAAAAGAGAAUCAACAAGAAGCGCACCAGCGGUGCUCAAGUCUACUUCUCGGGCAGACCCAAUUUAAAGACCUGAUGUUAAUGUCCAGUCCGCCGCGUGAGUCAUAUUUAGGACGCAUCACCGCUGACCCGCCAUCCCCGACCCGACCUAGACCAGACGGCAGAGUGUUUUUAAAACCUGCUCUCGGGGCAUGACUACUGCAAACAAGGGAAAUAAAGCCCUGAAGGUGAAGCGGGAGCCCGGGGAGAAUGGCACCACGCUGACCGACGACGAGCUGGUGAGCAUGUCUGUGCGGGAGCUGAACCAGCACCUCCGCGGCCUCACCAAGGAGGAGAUCCUGCAGCUGAAGCAGCGGCGCCGCACCCUCAAGAACCGCGGCUACGCGGCGUCCUGCCGCGUGAAGCGCGUCACCCAGAAGGAGGAGCUGGAGCGGCAGAAGGCGCUGCUGCAGCAGGAAGUGGACAAGCUGGCCUCGGAGAACGCCAGCAUGCGCGCCGAGCUGGAGGCGCUGCGCUCCAAGUACGAGGCGCUGCAGAGCUUCGCCAGGACUGUGGCGCGGAGCCCCGUGACGCAGCCGGGGCCCCGGGGCCCCAUGGCGACCGUCAUCAGCGGGAAGGUGGGGGCCACCAGCGUCAUCACCAUCAUCAAGUCCAAGGCGGAGGCCAGGUCGUAGUAUCGGGGCGGGUGGGGGAGAGAGAGAGAGAGAGAGGGGGAGGGAGGGGUGGGCCGCAGUUGUGUUAAGAGUCGGUGCAUCGUAGCGAGGUCGUAGCAUAGCCGCCGUACGCUAAUGGUUGGCCGGUCUGUUUGGGUUGGGUUGCCUAAACUGAAGUUCAACUAGUUAUAGUUGGUUAUGGUGUCAUGAAGAUGGCUUUUUAACAGGCUGUCGUCGGUAAUAGUGUCUGUACUGACGGCUUCUUCCGAAAAAAAUACCGUUUAAAUUAUUGAGGAAACCUGGGGUCGGAGAUGUCUUCUUCUUACAUUGGAAGUUAUAUGAAAUAUGAUGAGCUAUAAGUCCUACAAUAGGGUUUUAAUUGGAUUUACAUUUCCAUAAAUGUAUGAUGUAAAACGUUUAAUACCUUUUUUUUGGAAUUAGUACAUCAGAAUUUAAUUCUGGAUUGCAAGACUUAGAUUGAUCUAUCAACUCCAUUAUUAAUGGAUUUGGGCCCAGCUGGAGGCUUUGAGCUCCAAUCUGGGCCAUUGUUAAACGUAACGGCAGGAUGUGCUUUUACACAUCGGAGAACAUUGUCCUUGUUAUGAUGCACUGACUCACGUCGGCCACUCGAGUCUCGAAAUCGUUGUCUCAAAAUAUGAACGAUGCUACAGAUGUCUCUCGAACAGCCUGACUAACCCAAAACUAGCAAAGUAUCUGUCAAAUUUGUGAUUUUUGUUUGUUGUCCGUGAAUCUGAAGAGAUGCUUGCAACUUUGGCAUUCGUUUCUGUUUUAUGACAGACUUUCAUGAACCUGUUGGAGACAAUAUGGCAGGUAGAUGCAAUAAUAUACGUAUGCACUGAAAAAUACAAAGAGGUCUUGCAUAUUAAUGGUAGGUUGGAAAUGUUUCAAAUGAGCGUUUUUAAAUGGUGUUAUUUCGGAGCAGAACACCAAUUAAACAUGACAAGAUGCUUGUCCACUAUUGGAGAUACCUGAAUGUUAUCACAAAAAUAUCCUCAUGUUUUUUUUGGAAGCAAACUACACAAAACAUUUUCCAACAUAAGUUAUGCUCAUAGAGAAAUAGAUGUUCUAAUGUUUUGCUUUAUAAAAUGUUUUUAGUUUUAGUUUUUUUGUGAUUGUUGCCAGGGCAGCGGAAUAUUUCCAAAAUAACACUUACACUAGCUUUACUGUCACAAUAGUUAUGGUGUGCAUCGUAGAAAUUCCCUUUUUCUAGUUCUGUUGUUAUUUCGUUUUUUGCUUUGUCCUUUUAGUGUAGAUUAACGAACAUUGUUUAUAGAAAUACAAAAAAGAAAAAAAACGCGGAAAAAAAACACAUAAAAACCUGUGAUAUCUUUUUUGCAAUUGUACCAAAAGUGGCUUACUAUUGAAGUCGGAUAGCUUUUCUUCUAGUGACUAGGCGCGUCCUGCGGGGCCCCCGGACCUGUAGGGGCCCCCCGUGGCGCGUUGUGUGCGUGCGAGUCGGCGGUGUCGUGCACUGUAUAGAUGUCAACGCUUCGCUGUUUAAACCUGUACAGCUCAAUCUAGGUGGUGUACACAAGGGUCGAUUUGUCUUAUUGCGUCGGUAUUGGCAUCUGUGAUAUCCUCUGCUUCCUAGUCGUUGGUUACCAACCAUUUUGUCUGUGAGAGAUUAGCACACUAAAAACAUGCAAGAGGUGGGUGGGGGGGGGGGGGGGGGUUGAGGGUUGAAAUGGACUGAAUUCAGCCAUCAAAACAAGUUAAACGACCGCUAAGAGGCUCUUUGGGUACGUGCAGCCCAGAAGUGCAAUUUAUUUAUUAUCGUAUUUUGCCGAUCAGAAGUAUGCACUGCACGCAGACUCCUCUGCAUAAUUCUUAGAGCACGUGCAUCCCGCAGAGGGCGUCCCAUGUCCGACUGAAACCCCCUUUGUGGUCUCGCGAGGCUGCUGUGGGGAUCGACGCUCUGAGAUUGUCAUUCAGGUGUGCUCGUGUUUUAUUAAUGGCUUUUCUUUAAUUGGCGAAGAUGUCUGGACGCCCUCUGCCUCUCGACGGGGGCCGCGCGUGGGCGUGAACGAGCGCACGCACGCUGCACUGAGACUUCAUUGGGAGCGUGUGCUCGUGAGAAGGGGGCUCGGUGCUCCGGUUUCGGUUUGCAUGUUUGUUUAUUUCCCUAAACAGAAGCCCCCCUAUAGAGAAAGAGGGAGGGAUGUGAUCGAGUCUCGAUCACCUCCCUCUCUCUCUCUCUCUCUCGGUGCCCGUCGUUCGUGACCCCGUACCACGGGACGGCCCGGUCCUGGGGGGCGGGCUACAUAUGCACUAUAGGCCUAUGCUCCUGCUUGUUUUUUUGCUCAGGACAAAAUGCAACAGGUAACGCUAAAAAGGAAAAAAAAACACUCAAACACAAACUUACGGAUUCUAAACGAGGCCCAACGAGGUAGGGACGCCAGCUCGCUUCCUGGCAUACACCGUUUAUUAUUAUUAUGUUUUGACGCGUCAUGAAAGGGCUUCGAUCCACGCUCGGACACACUGCAAUCACAAUCGGGCCGGUUUGCCAUCACGGGGGUCGGUGCCGUUAUGUGACGACGGCCAAUCCCCGUGGCCGGCUCAGUGUCGGCCAGAUGACGCCAGGCGAGGCGGUGCUUUAUCGCAUAAGGAGAGAGCUCUUCUGUAUGUUCUCACGGUCAGCAGUCAGGCGCUUCUUUUGUUUCUCCCGAAAUGGCACCAAAUCAGAACCCCGUCCAUGCCAGGGCCAGUCAAGUGUGUGUGUGUGUGUGUGUGUGUGUUUGUGUGCGUGUGCGUGUGUGCGUGCGUGUGUGUGUGUGUGAGAGGAUCCUCGCUUUGUCCAGAAUAAUCAAGCUUAGCUCUUUCAGUUUUGACUGGUUAACUGUGGAAACUUCAUGUGUACGACCAAUAGCCGGGGGCCCAGUGUUGAUGUUGGCGUAGUUAUUGCUGUGGCGUGAGUCUUGUGGAGUGAGUGUUUUCUGUGAUGUCUUUUCAGGUGUCUUUGGACAGACACAGCGACCAAUAUUCCUGAGAAGAUGUAUCGCUUUCUUACACACACACACACACACACACACACACACACACACACACACACACACACACACACACACACACACAGGUGUAUAGUAUGUAGCUACAGUAGGUUAUGAUGACUAUUGUGGGGGUGGGUGGGGAGCAAAAAAAGUGACCCUUAAUAUGCAACUUGGUGGGAAGGUGUGAGUAGGUGUAAGGGUAAUCUAUAUCGUCAAAGUGACCAUAGUCUGUUCUUUAUUAUCGCUGCGGUGUGUUUUGUAAUUUUCUAGUGAAAGCGUGCGUUCUUUUAUCCCACGUCCCACGCAAUGUUCUCGUUCGUAGUGGCGGAAGUUUUAGAAACUUUUUAAAAAGAGGAACUACGGAAAAAGUGAGGGAAACGCUUUUCUCUCGUCCGACAGGAUUCAAGGUGCAGUUAUUUGAUGUCCAAAUCGUACCCCAGUACUCACACUAUAUAUAUGGUUUAUAUUUGUGUGUAGCUCCUAUAGGUCAUUUCUUCAAUAAUUAAAGCUGUUUUUGCCUGUGCGUUUGAUUUUGAAUUCUCGUGUUAAUGUCACUCAGCAGACAGAAAAUCAGUUUGUUUAAUUUUUCUAUUCAAAACACAAGGGCCACUUUCUGUGCUAUUUUUCUUACAAGUGUGUGGUUUUUUCUGUGCUUGAUUUUUUUGGGCACAACACCAGUCAUUUAAUGCUCUUUCCUUCAUUCAAACGCCAUCAAUGAGAUUCUUGUUUCAUCUUGUGUUGAAUACAGAUUUUAAAAUGGUGUUAUUGGUCAUGUUUUUGCCUCCCUUGCUUGUUUCUUUUCACAAGUGAUGGAAUGGGACAGGAUUGCUUCCUUAGCAUCACCUCUGUGGCAGUUGACCGGACUGCUUCCCAUCAUUGAGUUUUGCUUUGUAACCAGUUGAUUGUGCAGGUUUCUCUCACUCCGUCUGUGUUAAAAAGUGAAAAUCUGACUAUAAAGAGAGAGUUAUACAAUGUUGGUUAUUUUUCUGUAUCCGUUGUAAUAAAAUAUUGCAGUACUUUGUAUGAAAACAGACGAUAGUUAAUUGUAAUUAUUUAUAAAUUAAAUUAUUGUACUUUUUGCAAUCUGUAGAUAAGUACUAUGUCUUCAUAUAUACAGUGACAACUGUGGGUUUGGCCGUGAUUCUGAAGUGUCUAAGUUAUUGAUGUAUAUAUUGUAUGUUUGUUGAUACAGUUUACUUUAUUUUCUAUAAGACCAAUAAAAAUACUUUGAAAAGGAA